UGUGUAUUUGAAUGUGAUGGUAAGUGUGUAGUGAAGGCACGUGCCUGUAUCGGGAGCCUCACUCGCCAGUCUGAGACCUGAGUACACAGAGUUAGGGUGUGUUAUACUGGUGCCGUGCCAUAACGAAGCUCGCGUGUUUGUCUCUUUACUGUAUAUCUACGUGUAAAUCUCGUGCAUCUGACCCACACGUGCUGACAAACUGCCGGGAGGGGGACGGAGAACGGAGGGAACCAUUAGUAGUGGACAGGAACAUGUGACAGAAACGUUUGUUAACUGGGCCCCUCCGUCCCAUCCCCGAAGAGGACUUUAUCACAUAACAUGACCCGUCGCUAUUCCCGGGACCUCGGCAGUUCGGUUACAUCCAGGAGUACAUCCGUCCACCGGAAAUUGUCACCACAGUGCUGACUAAUACGACGCCAUCUAGAUCCGGAUCUCCAGUAGAAUGCGUCGUAGAAGUUACUCAGUUAGUUCUUCACGUCCCGGCAUUCAUGGUGUCUCUUCUUCUGGUAAGGCACGUCCAACUAGCCUUAGUCUUUCUACUUCCGGUUCUACUAACCGAUCAGUUUCGACUAGUGGGCGUGUUAAAGGUUUCGGCGCUGGGCCAUCUAGAACAGGGACUCCUCACUCUGGAGUAACCUUCAAUACUACCAGUGCAUUCAGAACUCCAAGUGGCGUGAAUUCACUCAACACUGGGUACCAGUCCAGUACCGGAUAUAGUAGUGCCACACCACAUUUCGGCAGUAAAGAGAUAACAGGUGGUAGUUCCAGUUAUGGUGGAGUCCGGGCCGGAACUGACGUAGCGUCUAUGCUAGCUGUUCCACGGACCCGUACUAACAGUAGUGUCCAUGUCCCCAGUAUUGGCAGUGCCCGUGUUAGCUCAAGUGUUGGACCCAGAGCCCCAAGCGGGCGGUCAUCUCAGAUCGAUAACACUAGAAAGUCUCCGGUUAGUCCGUCGUCAUACGAUCGAGGGUACGGUAGCAUCGCCAGCAGCCGAAGUCAUGGCUCGCUUUACGACAACAUGGGAUCCGGAAAGGGCUAUGGCGGAUCUACCAGUAGGUACAGUAGCGGCCUAGGGACCAGUAGCUAUCUCAGUCCGUCGUACGGCUCACAAAACAAAAGCGGGUCGUCAUACGGAUCGCCAACAAAAACCUACUCGUCGGGCUACCAGCAACCCUCAUCAUCCGGCUCUCGGUACGGAUACGGAAGCGGUUCCGUCCGAGACCGGAUACAGAAAAUUUCGUCAGCGGAGACACCGCGCAGCACGGGUAAGGAUACCGGAACCAGUAUGUAUACACCAUUGAGUAGUAGAGGGACCACACAGACAAGGGGAGAUCAGUACGGUGGCGGAGGUGGAUACGAUAAAUAUUCAUCACGGAGUGCGGGAUCUGACCCUUAUGGUAGCAAAUCUGGGUAUUUGUCAGACUACGGCGGGAGUACACGGUCUUAUAGUUCGUGGGACCGUGGGUCAUCCAGGUCAGGUCGCAGUUACGGAACAGCGAGCCGGGAGACAUCCCCAGUGAGUCAAAGAUCGUCACGGUAUGACUACGGUACUAAGGCUGCAACUCCAUCUCCGUACACAGCUUACAAAAGUAGUUCAGAGGUGUCGCCACCGGGCAAUAGAAAGUACGACCGCCAGGUGGCGCGAUCGUCAGAUGUGGAAUACUCUGGUAGGGACAGAGGUGACAGGUAUGAGAGGAGGCGGUCGUCACGUGACUAUAUACGUCCGCCUCCUCGGAAGAAAGUUUCAGUGUCCUCAGACAGUGACGAGGAUGACAGUGCUCCCGAGGCGGAGAAAGAAGGCUUCAAGGGUCGGUACCUCAUAUCGAGGGGAACUUCACCGAUGCCUGAAAACGAAGCCCCGAAACGGGAUUCACGGUAUAGGAAGGAUAAAAAGUCAGUUUCGCGGACCAAACGGAUAAGGCCACUGAGCAAUAGAGACUCGCGGCGUGAGAGUCGGUAUCGGGAUUAUCGAAACCCUGCUCUCGUCGAUUGUUCUACUCAAACACACAUGGACCAACCCACCUCCCGACGAAGUCGGCACUCGUCUGGCAGCUACGCCGGCGAGGCGAGCGGUGAUCUGAGGGACAAGGCGGCAAUGGCUGCUUUAGCCAUGAUGGACAGUGGGGGUGGGGACGGCAAAGACGACUCAUUCUAUAAGUAUCGCGAUAAAUUUGAUAAAAGCAAACAACCUAUGUCACCAGGUUAUAACGCGACGGAUAGUCCGAGGAGUAAACGAUUUUCGUAUCGCGAUACAUCAACAAAAGAUGAAAGUAUGGGGGAAAUCCCCCCAGAGAAAUCCUGGCGUCAGUCCGUAUACGGUACCUCUACGCCAAUGAAGAAAGCCGAAGAGGAAGAGGUACCACGACGGCGACGCCGGCAGCCGUCUAAUGUAGAACCCGACUACGACAAUACCGAAGAGGAUUCAAGACCAACUUCACGUCGGGGUGAGAGACGUUCCCAGGGAUCAGACAGGGACCGGCGGUCACAGCGGGAGAUGGCCCAGGAUUAUAGUCGAUCCAACUCCCGGGAAAGUCUUCUCGACGAUAAGCCCGCGAGAAGACGAAGGCACGGCAGUAAGGAGUUGCUAGAUGCACCCCCUGAGCCGGAAGUUAUCGUUCACGCUCCGGAAGAGGUUCCCGUACAACGACGAAGGCGGCACGGAAGUAAAGAGCUACUAGAUGAACCUACUGACCCACUGACUCAGGAGACCAUUUCGUUAAGAGACAGCAUAGAGAAAGUUCAGCAGUGGAAGCAAAAUCUACCAAAUCCAGACCCGUACUAUGAGGACCAUCCUAAACAGUCUCAGCCGCCGACACGGCAUCUCGAAACUGGCUUCCCGAGGAGUGAUUCAGGCGAGUAUUUCUCUGCUCAUGACUAUCCUGUAAAUCCAAAUACCAGACAAAAUGAGGCUAAGGUCAUGUCUCCUGACAGAGGUAGAGGUAGAGAUUCUCGCGGGUCUGGAAGUUACGGACAUGAGCAGGAACAUCCUCCUUACCGUGAUGACUCGCCGGGAAGACAAAGAAGACAGUAUCGACGCGACGAUUCGCAUGAUAACGUGUUUUCUGGUGACGAUGACAUUGAUGGACAUUAUCGGAAAAAAGACUAUCGCAAAUCAGAGCUGAACAGGGGCGACGGUGAACACUACAAAAUCACCCGAGAUGAGUCUCCCAACAGAAUGCGUCGCUCGCACAGACCGCCCUCUGGUGAUGGUGUGCGACGUUUGACGCGAGAAGGAUCAAGGGAAGACAAUCUUGAUGACAGAAAAUCGAGACGGGAUGACCAUGAUCGCGGACACACGAGCGAUAGCUCUCAGUUUGGAUUUAAUCGGGAAAGUUCGCCGAAUAGACCACAGAAGAAACACGGCAGCAGACCAAACUCUCGAGAAGGCAUGCUAGACGACGGUCGUAUCCGACGAAGCAAUUCGCGUGAAGGUAUGCUGGAUGAAGGCAAAGUACGUCGGAGUAAUUCGCGUGAGGGCAUGUUGGAUGAGGGAAAAGUGCGAAGAAGCAACUCGCGCGAAGGCAUGUUGGAUGAUGAAAAAGUGCGACGUAGCAACUCAAGAGAAGGGAUGUUGGAUAACGGCAAGCUUCGACGAAGUAAUUCGCGAGAGGGCGUCUUGGAGGAGAAGUUGGUGGAGUAUCCUCCGACCUAUAGUCGACCGGGACAGCUCGCCAUUUCCAACGAAAGCCUGGCUCACAUGAGCAAUUCGGCGUCCGCGGGUUCCAUCAAUUCGGUCGUCCCAGACGACGGGACGCUGCAUGCGACAAAAUCACCCAAUUCGAUUACAUCGAAUGAAGGACUUCACUCACCUGUAUCCCAGUCUCGUCUACACGCCCCGUCCCCAGGGGCCAACAAGGGACUCCCAGACCUGGUACCCGGAGGACCCAAGUCAGGAGCGGAAGGUAAGGAUCAAAAACGUCAGUUACAACGCUACGUCCGCCGUACUAAGAGUGGAUAUAUUGGCAAGGUACAAGAUAUUGACAGGUUUCUUGGACCCGCUAAUAAGGACGAAUGUGAAAGCGGGGGUACGGCUGGAAAGGCCUCCGGCACCGAUAAAUCUGAAAGACCCCCAAACCUGAUGGACACUCCUGUUCCUAAACAUCCUGACCCUCUCAAGCCAUCUCCCAAUGUCCCAGAGGAAAAAUUGGUUGACAUCGAAGAGCCAAGGAGCGGACAGUCCAUUUGUCUACACGCCAGUCCUCCUCCCGGAGAAAAGCGGAACCCGUGACGUCACCGGUCUCACAGGGAGGGACCAACUGGACAGCAGAUGUUCAACGUCCUCAAACGCAAUAAGGGGUCCGUAACCAUCACAGAUAUCCUUGACCUUUGCUAUGGCCGGAGCCAAGGGGCAGGUGGAAAGGUCAUUAGGGUCCCAGGAGUCACGGAGUCGGACUACAGCUUUAAGGGAUACGACACCGUUAAUGAGCUUCUGGAGAGUAUGAACGUCAAUGUUAGAAAGCUCGAGGACUGCGCUCUACAGAUAUAUCGUUAUCACAAUGGCUCCCAGGGCGACUAUGGGACGUACAUGGACCUGGAAUCCACCGUAGAUGAACAAACAGAUGAACUUGAGGGCUUCCAAGACCAGAGGAAGAAUGCAUUGAUUUUAAGAACACAACUUACAGUUCGGGUACAUGCUGUUAUCGAAAAACUUUUGAAUUCCCAUGGAAGAGAAUUACGAAGAGCCCUCUUCUCCCUCAAGCAGAUCUUCCAGGAUGACAAAGACCUUGUCCACGAGUUUGUUAACAACGAUGGCCUUGACUGUCUUAUCAAGGUUGGGUCAGAAGCUGAUCAGAACUAUCAAAACUACAUUUUACGAGCCCUGGGACAGGUGAUGCUGUACGUGGAUGGUAUGAAUGGUGUAAUCAGUCACAAUGCUACCAUCCAGUGGCUAUAUAACCUACUGGCAUCAAAGUUUCGAUUGGUUGUGAAGACAUCACUGAAGCUUCUGCUUGUGUUUGUGGAAUAUACAGAAACAAACACCAUGCUUCUAUUGAAAGCUGUCAAUGAGGUGGAUCGCAAACGAGGUGUUAUGCCAUGGACAAAUAUCAUUGGAAUCCUUGAUGAGAAAGAUGGUGGGGACACAGAACUUCUUAUUUACUCCAUGACACUCAUUAAUAAGGUACUGAACGCUAUCCCAGACCAGGACACGUUUUAUGAUGUGACAGAUGCUCUGGAAGAACUUGGCAUGGAACAGAUCACACGCAUUUACAUGAACCGGAAUGGUGCCGACCUUGACCUUCUCACACAGUUCCAGGUGUAUGAGGCUGCCUUGCGGAACGAAGACGGGGAGGAAGAUGCAGACAUGUCACAAUCAGAUAGCUUACGACGGACACCGAGGACCAAGAGUGACCAGGACAGCAUGAGGAAGAGUCGACGUUUCUCCAUGGGAACCGGUCCCAAGAAGAUGAACAAAUCGAAGAGUGUACCAGCGCUACCUGCCGAGGAAAUCAACCCUGCUGAGGAGUACAUGAAGGUCAAACAAAAGUCAAAAGAGCAUUGUCUGUUAAUGCCAGAAGAACAACACGACAAACUUCCAGAACAACGGCGAAGACGACAAAGACUUGAUGAACUACAACAAACCGUAGAGGAGGCCAGACCGCCUGAUAAACCAGGAAUGCCUCAAAAUAUUCAAGUGAAUGGUACAGCUGAGCUCACACCCAACACCCAGUCAGCAUAUGUUCCUCGCACGCGAAGAGACCGGCGGGAAAGACAGAGAUCAUUUGUGAAAGAACAGGAAUUAGAACGAAUACGACAACGAUUUCAAGGGCGCAAUCAUGCUGGCGAUCGAUCAUCUGUGUCAAGUUCUGCUUCAUCGAGCACAAUUAGUAGUGAUGAUCAACAACAGAUGAGAAAUGGUUACUCGAUGCGACCAGAUCUGUCCAAGGAGUCAGGUUACCUUAGUAAUGGUGAUCUGUCCCAGAGUCAGAAUGGAUUCGAGUCUAGAAACAAUGCUAUUAACGAGAGCAAGAGUAACACAGUGUCCCCCACCGGACAACCUAAUAAUUCCAGUAACAGUCGCUGGGCCAAAUAUUUACAAACAAAGAAAGAGGAUGUGGAGAAGUCACCCGAACCUCAGCCCGAAAAUGAACCGGGCAUGCUCAAACGACAUCCAUCAAUAAAGGGCGACAGCUUGUCUCAACGAAAGGAAAACCUGCAGCAAGGCCACAUAGGUAAUGCAAUUCAGCGGAUGCCUGUGGAAGGUUUUGAUGCUGAGGAUAAAGACAAUGUUACAACAAACAUCAGCCGUUUUACAGCGAACGGUGAGGCAGAGUGUGGGCCUAAGGAGAUAUCCCGUCCCACAGGUGAUCUCAGUGGACUUAUCAGUAAGGCUAAGGGUGAGCUGUCACGGCAGACCGUUGCCAAAGAACCACCUAAACCUACCCAAACUCCUACCUCCCCUCAAGAAGUGAAAAUAACUGAAAGUGACCUACAGUGGGACAAAAUGUGUAAACGCUUACGUAGACCUUUAAAAAUCAAGGAUUUAGACUUUACAGACCUCAAUGAAGAAGACGACUGUGAUGUGUUCGCUCCUACAGCACCAGUAUUUGGCAUAGGUGGUGCUCCUCCACCACCGCCUCCAAUGCCUGGUAUGGGAUUGCCUCCACCUCCACCCCCUCCCCCUGGUGGUUUACCACCACCUCCCCCUCCCCCACCAGGUGCCCCACCCCCACCUCCUCCCCCUGGGAUGAUGGGCAGUCCAGCCCCUGGUAUAAAAACAAACCUGCCUCCUGCUCCUGGUGCUACACUGAAAAAGAAGAAAAAGACAAUGAAACUCCACUGGAGAUUAGUUCAACCUGAGAUGCCUCAUCCUUCUACAAAAGGGGAGACAAUCUGGAAAGACAUUGUAGAGGUCAAGGUUGAUCCAGAUAAACUUGAACAUCUGUUUGAGACUAGAGCAUCAGAUAUGAAGCAGAAGGAAUUGAAAACUGACACAAGUGGAAAGAAAGAGAUCUCUGUCCUUUCUCCUAAACGGUCAAAUGCUAUCAAUAUUGGUCUGACGGUCUUGCCUCCUCCCCGAACCAUUAAGGCAGCCAUUUUGAAGAUGGACAACUCCAUCAUGAACAGAGAAGGAAUUGAGAAGAUCCUGACGUCCAUGAUGCCGACAGAGGAGGAGAAGUCACUGAUCCUGGACGCCCAGAUGGGUAACCCUGAUAUACCCUUGGGGACUGCCGAACAGUUCCUCCUCACAUUGUCCUCCAUCAGCGAGCUGCAUGCCAGACUCUCCCUCUGGCUCUUCAAACUCGACUACGAGUCGGUGGAGUCGGAAGUAGCAGAGCCCCUUAGUGAUCUGAAGAAGGGCAUUGAAGAGUUACUGAAGAACAAAACAUUUAAAUACAUCCUGUCUGUGAUAUUGACUAUUGGAAACUUCCUUAAUGGUGCUCAGGCGAGAGGUUUCAGUAUAGAAUACCUAACCAAGAUUCCAGAGGUGAAGGACACCGUCCACAAACACUCCCUCCUGCACCAUCUGUGUGUCAUCAUCAUUGACCAGUUCCCCGACAGUACUGACCUGUACUCCGACAUCGGAGCCCUCGGGCGCUGUUCACGGGUGGACUGGGAUGAGCUCUCCAAUAAGCUUGAAAAGAUGGAGCGCGAGUGCAAAGGAUCAUGGGAUCAUUUACGUGCAAUCAUAAAACAUGAUGGAAGUUCAAAUUCAAGCAUUAAAACAAAGUUGUCAGAAUUCUUGGCGGAUGCAGCAGAAAGAAUUAUGAUUUUAAAAAUUGUCCAUAAACGGGUCAUGCAAAGAUAUAACAAACUCCUGUUGUAUAUGGGUCUACCCCUGUCAAGUGCACGCGACCUCAAGGUGAACGCCUUCUGUAAAACAAUAAGUGAGUUUGCCCUGGAGUACCGGACGACGCGGGAGAAGGUGAUUCAGCAACUACAAAAGAAAGCCAACCAGCGGGAGAGGAAGAAGACGCGGGGCAAGAUGAUUGUAGAUACGGAAAAUUUCUCCAGCUCCAAGUCCAAGUCUAAAGAUGCUCAGAAUGAUGAGGCAUUACAAAGGCUCCUGUCCAACGGUUACACGAGUGCCGACGACCGGGGCAUGCCUGGCCAUAAACGCAGACAACGCGGUCCACUUGAUUCCAAAUCCCAGUCAUCACGAGGCUGUGUAACGACAGACUCAGAAAUGUAUGACACAGGAGAUGAUGAAAUUCUCGAGGCAUGUGUGCGAACGGCAGCAGCCCCCUCUAGUAGGCCCAAUAGGGAACGAAAGCGGUCCAGUAAACAUCGUAAAUCAUUGAGACGGACACUAAAAAGUGGGCUCACAGCAGAGGAAUGGGAAACAGUGGCUGCAUAUUCUGAUGCUGUUUAGAAGUUCUACAUCUAUGGAGCUGCAGAGAAAGAAACAGUGGAUCGUGGAUCAGAUCUGGUAGUAAUUACGCUUUAAACCAUUGCUGGAAAUGUGGUCCUUGUAUCAGAAAUAUGUCCUACUAUUACAAUCUUAACCAUGGAUACAAAAUGCUUGCUAUUCAAUAAUGUCGUCGUGUCAUCUCCUGGAGUAUAUACUGCCAACCAGCCAUCAGACAAAGAGAAGUGGAUCUAGCUUGAGAUUAUCUGUCUGCACGGUCUCGUGUACAUACAUACCGCAAUGUGUAUUUGUCAUGCAAACAAUUUAAAUGUGAUUAAUUCAGUAUUCAUUCAUCUAUGUGCUCUAAAGUCUUUCAACCAACCAACAUCUCAUUUUCCAUUACGACUCCCUCCAUCCACAUCGUCGUCCAUUGACUGGAGUCUGGAGAUUCAUCGUUUAUCAUCUUGUACUGUAAUUUAGUGUUAUGAGAUUAAUUGUUAAUAUACCGGGGCAGGUUACCCUGUAGUGAUGUGUAAUAUUUUUAGUUGAUGAAUAUUUAUUAUUUUGUCUUUUAUAAAAUACACCAGCUUGCCUUUUUCAGUGUGUAUUUUGAGCUAUCUGUCUCAUUAUUUAAUCCAUAGUUUUGAGGAACAGAAACCAAAGCGGUACUCCUUUUAUCUUUCUUUCUGCAUCAACACUUGGAAUUAUUUUUAGCACAAUUUUAUGGUGUUUUAGAUUACUAGGAGAUAAAAUUCUGAUGCAUAGAAGCAAAAUAGAAUAAGUUACAGAAAGCAUUCUCAUACAAAUAUACCAUUUGCAGAAAUUAUUUAACUUCAGGGAAAUGUUCGAUACUGUACUUUAAAAAGUGUGUAUAAGUAUAUACUAAUAUAUAUAUAUCAAUAUAUUAUGUACAUAUUUGUGUAUCUAACAAAUCCAUCAAUGUUUUAUGAAUCAUUAUCCAUGUGUACACUGCGUUAUUAUGCUGCCUUCUAGUCAACCAUUAAACUGUCAUACGCCGAGUCUUGUUCAUGUAACAGGUGUUCUAAGGUCUAAGAUAUGUGUGUAGUGUGUAUCUAUAGGGACUACACUGUUCUGUAAGUCAUCAUGUUAGUGAAACCAAACAUUUGCAAAUACAUGUAUACAAUAACAGCUGCUAUAGGGACGGGACACAAGCUGUGUAAAAACAUGUGAUACUGUUUUGUACAGAAAUGAAAUACUGAUGAAAUUUCCAUUUUAAAUUGUAAGAAAUGAAUAUAUUUAUGAUACUGUUAUGAUAUAAAAAAUAAAUUUUAUUCAUUCUAACUGUUAAGAAAAAUUAUCGCAUAGAAAUUUGUAAAAAAAAAAAGGUAAGAUAUUCCAUCAAAAGAAUGAAUUGAUGUUACCAAACUUGUUUUCAUAAAUAAACUUAGACAAAAGUGAAGAACACAUACAAAAAUAAUGUUUUCUUAUGAAUGCGUCCCACAGUACUGAAACAGUUAACCACAUUAUUGUAUGACAUUGUUGAACCUUUUCAUUUAUUAUCAAAAACCUUUGAUACUGUGCAGUGAUUAUUGAAACAAGUGUUGAUUGAAAUGUUGAAAAAUAUUAUUGAAUCAUUAGGUUGGAAAUAUAAGAUAUUUCACAACAAUCUUUUUAACUGGCGUUGACGAUUGAUGCAGAUUAAGGGUGAUUAUAUAUAUUCAUUGUGUGUAUCAACCAACAUAAUAUUACUGUACUGGUGUGUCAAAAAUUCAAAUCCAUCUGUAUCAAUAUGAAACCUAAUAUGUGUAGGUAAUAUUUGUCACAAGUAAAAAUAUUUAUCAAGUCUACUUAAAGUAUUCAGCAUUAGGUGUUUUUCUCUACUAUAACCUGUACUGCCAUUGGUUGUUGCUAUGACAAUCAGUUUUCUGAUAGGUGGCUUCCGGAACGAAAUCCUGGGAAGGGUAAUUGAUGUGGUAAUCAUUGUUUAUUUUUUUAACAGGCUCAUUUAUGAACAUACACCAAUGU